AGAGAGCGCUCGACAAUAAAUAAGGUGUUAGGUUUCCAUACUUAUUUUAAUAGGAGUUACAAAGGAUGGCAGCAGCUCAGGGUCAUCGCAGGACUAGUAUACUUUCAAUGCAUUUCCAGGUUUAUCGAGGAGACGGCAAAGACGAUCGAUGAGUUGAAUCGUGAAAAAGAGGAACAUUCAGAAAUUAUUCAACAGAUUAAUCAGGACAAAUGUGAUCUCGAAAAACAAAUGGAUGAUGCCCGAUUCGAACAACGUGAACGUGAAACACAAUUGGCACGGAAAUACGAAACUCUAAUGAAGCUGAUGGAGUCAUCGAAUGAGAAGAUUCGUGAAAGUGGCUUGGGAGAGGAGUCUACAAUACAACCCGAUGACAUUCCCCAUGCUCGCAUACCAAAACUCCCAACACCUCCAGUUCCCUUGCCAACUCCUCAAUGGAAAGGUCUGUCAGGCCUUAUUCCACCGAUGAUGUCCUUGGAUCAAAUGAUGAUGGCCACACAAUUCCGACCACCACAAGCUGUACCAUCCCAUUUGAAGACCACAGAUCAUCAGAGUCCACCGAUGAAGACGUGUCAAUCAUGCUUCCAACAAAUCCAUCGUAACGCGCCAAUUUGUCCAAUGUGCAAAAGUAAAUCACGAAGCAAGAACCCAAAGAAACCAAAGAAAAAGGACUAA